AUGAAGCGAAUCACCACCACUCCAGUUUCUCGCACGCUCACACCCCGCCUGGCGCGCUCAGCCUGGCCGCAAGCCUCGACUCUGCUGCGCAGCGGAACAGCCAGCCGCCCACUCACCACCACAACAGGCGCUGGCCUCCGAUCCGCAAUGACUGCCGGAGCAGCUCGGCGUAGCGUGCCCUUGGCCAGUGGCCAGCGCCUAGCCCGCCGGGCCUUCUCCACAUCCACCUCCUCGCCCGAGCGGGAGGCCCUGCAGAUGGUACUCGACUCGAUGCCCAAGGGCAGCAAGCGCUUCUGGCGGGCGUUGGCCGGGCUGGGAGCCACCGCCGUGGUCCUUGCUACCUGCCAGCCCUGGUGCGUGGUGCCGGCCGGACACGUCGGCAUUCUCGACUUCUUCGGCGACGUCUCCGACCAGAGCCUCUCGCCUGGUUUCCAUCUCAAGAAUCCGUUGGCCAAGUGCGUGGUGUUCUCCACGCAGACGCAGCGGGUGGAGACCACCGCUUCGGUGCCCUCGCGCGAGGGACUGACCGUGCAGCUCGAGGUCUCCGCUCUCUACCGCCUCGACCCGCUCAAGGUCCAGCACAUCUACAAGACCGUGGGUCGGAACUACGCCGAUGUGGUGUUGCUGCCCCACUUCAAGUCGAUCAUUCGCGAGCUCACGUCGGCGCAUGAGGCCAAGGGGCUCUACACGGCCCAGGUGCGCACCGAGAUCAGCACCUUCCUCACCAAGCAGCUCAACGACGUGCUCCGCGAGCGGGGCAUCAUCAUCGACGAAACGCCCAUCAACGGCAUCACCAUGCCCCAGCGCCUGGUUCACGCCAUCGAGGAGAAGCUGCGGGCCGAGCAGGAGUCGGAGCGGAUGUCGUGGGUGCUGCAGCGGGAGGAGGCCGAGGCCAAGCGCAAGGUCAUCGAGGCCAAGGGCAUCGCCGACUUCCAGAAGAUCGUCACGCAGGGCAUCUCCGAACAGCUCCUCCGCUGGAAGGGCAUCGAAGCCACGGAAAAGCUGGCCACCUCGUCCAACGCCAAGAUGGUGGUCAUCGGCAAGAGCGACGGCUUGCCGCUCGUCCUCGCCCCUUGA